GGCGCAGCCGCUGGAGCCGAGAAGAGGAGCAGCUAAUGAACAAUGGAGCGGCUGACCAGGAGGGACACACCGCGGUGCACAGGGGUAUGAGCUGGACGGACAGGGGGCUGUCGUGCUGCGGGUUGGGCCGGGCAGUGAUUUGAGGGAUGUGCGCUGUGGAUGACCUCUAACGGAUCCAGGGGAUUAGAGAUAUCCAGGACUUUGUUGUCUGCCGAGUCGAUCCUCUUAGAGACUGAUAGCGUCACGCCGUCGGACAUGAAGAGGACCAUUCACCCUUUCCUCCCUGUAAAAAGCUUAAUGUCUUUAUCUAUUCAUUUAUAUCAAUAGCUGAUCAGAAGAGGAUCUUUAGCCUUUUUUAACAUAUUGGACCAAAGUGCUUCACAGGUAUUGCAAAGUCAGCCUUUGAUCCCAAAAGGACCAAUCUACUUUAAAUCCUUGUUUCACAUUUACCUGCCUCAGCCACAGAGGUGAGCUCUGAUCACCUUCCCCAUUCACUGCAUUGCCUGUGUGAGACAGUGGGGCCACAGAGCUGCUGGAUGUCAUGAGUCGGCCAUCUGUUGUUGGGACCUACUCAAACCUGCAGGCAGAUUAACACCCAGUGAAGAGAAGGGUCCAGUCUAGGACAGCUGUGUGCCAGGACCUGGGUCGAGGAGAGAUGCUGAAGGCCACGGUGGGCUCGGUGGAAGAGAGGGACGAGGAGCAGGAGGAGGAGGGCGAUGAAGAGCUGAGGGAUGGCGGGGUGCCCUUCUACGUGAACAGGGGAGGGCUCCCGGUGGACGAGGAGACCUGGGAGAGGAUGUGGCGCCAUGUGGUUCGGAUCCACCCCAGUAGCGAGGCUCUGGGGAGGGAGAUCCGGGGUGCCACCGACCUGCCCAAGAUUCCAGUACCGAGUGUGCCUACAUACCAACCUACCACCACUAUCCCACAACACCUGGAAGCCAUACAGAAAUACAUCAGGGAUUUACAGUACAAUCACACAGGAACACAGUUUUUCGAGAUCAAGAAGAGCCGCUCUCUUACCGCGUUGAUGGACAUCGCUAAGGAGAUGACCCGCGAGGCUCUGCCAAUCAAAUGUCUGGAGGCAGUGAUUCUGGGGAUUUACCUCACCAACAACAUGCCGGGUGUGGAGCGCUUCCCCCUCAGCUUUAAGUCUCAGUUCUCAGGGAACCACUUCCGCCACAUUGUGCUGGGACUUCACAGUAGGGGACGUUUUGGUGCGCUGGGCACGAGCCGCAGGGAGGACCUCAUGUUCAAGCCCCUGAAGUACCGCACACUGAUGGACUUAGUGCAGGACUUCGACGGAGCCUACAAGGGCUACUGGCACACGCUCCACAAGGUCAAGAUCGGCCAGUACGUGUCCCACAACCCCCACAGCGUGGCGCAGAUAGAGUGGAAACACUCCAUACUCGAUGUAGACAAGCUGACCAAGGACGAGCUGCGGAAGGAGCUAGAGAGACACACUCGGGACAUGAGCCUGAAGUUAGGAAAGCCUGUUCCUCCAUCUCCAACCAAAGACAGGAGAAACAGCAUGGGUUCACCCCUCAGAGGACCAAGCAGCCCCGUACGCAGGAUCAGCCGCGUUGAGAGACGUCCCUCUGGAGAGAAGAAGGUCUUGGAGCAAAAAUCGUCUGCAGACCUGAACGGGUACCAGAUUCGAGUCUGAAGAAAGAGGAUUCAGUUUGCUGUUGAGAGCAAACACACUUGUUUCAUGGGGCCGGGGAUUUACUCCAGGGCUCAGUUCUUUGUACACAUGGGCCUAUUCACAGGAUGCAGUGUGUGAUAGGUCACCAGCAACUCCCGUAACAGACGUCUCAUUCUGCUUCCCCAUGUCUGUGUCAUUAGGGGAUUUUCUGGAGCAGCUACUGUGCAUAGUAAUUUGUGCUGGCUAUGCUCCCAAGUUAUAAAAGAAGGGGUCAAAGGAUCAGUAAUUUGUCAGUUUUAGAUUCGUUCAGUUUUGCUGACUGUGAACAAUUUGAACUUGGAUGCUUCCCUGAAGCCGGCUGAGACUACCACUCCUUAAAUGUGCUACCGGACAUAUCAUAGAUUUUUGUCGUGUUGUUAUGUUCAACAAAAGCUCUUAGAGGCGCGUCUGCGAUUCGUAUCGUCGUACUGUAAGUGUGCAAAUACAUGUAAUGUAAUUUUAAAUCCACUUAGGCUGUGCUGGGCAGCAAACGCUUGUGUAGUGAACCACGACCCUCGUGCCUUGUAUUGACAACUCAAAGAGAAGAGAAACACUUUUUUAUAUCCGAUCCAUUAUUGUUAUCACCUCAUUAAACACAAAGCAGUAUAAUCUGUGCUCAUCCGACUGUGCGACAGUUAACACCAAAUGCCAGCAUGUUAAGUACCCACAGAUGUUGACUGAAUAUGGAGUUGAAUUAUCAUUAUAUACCCAAGUAUAUUGAAAUAUUUGAAAAGAUGAGACUGUUCAAUGAAUAUAAAAUCUCUCAAUGAACGAAAGGAGCAUACAUGGCGGCCAUUUUCCUCUGACGAACACUCAGGGCCUGAAGCUAAAAUGCUGUUAUGAUCAGAAUAAUGUUGUACUGCGGUGAUCCAGGUUUAUAAGUCAUAUAAACACAGAGAAUAUAUAAACUGUUAAUUUUACUUUGUUCUUACAUAUCAGCAACUAAAAGACAAUGAAUUACCAUGUGGAGGCCAAUGGAACCAUGUUUCAAAGGUAAAGACCUAUCUGAUAGCAAAUCAGCUGACAUUAAACAUAUAUUAAAUAUCAAAGCACAUCUUGGACUCGUUAACUUAAGACAUGUAAUGAAAAUGUGCUGGAUGAAAUCAAGCGAGCGAUGUAACGCUAACUGUCGUGUCUUUUCAGCAGAACUUACAAAUAUUCUCGUUAAGUCAGUAACAUUUUGUUUCUGUGUAACGUUCAAACAGUUUAUAGCAACACAAAAGUUUGUUUCAAGCACUUUAACAAUGGAUUGAACAGGUAGCAUUUCAAGCUGGAUUCCAGUGCAUUUGACUUUAAGGCUUAAAUAAUUGUGUCCAAGAGGUGCAUUGAUAUUUGAGGAUUUAAAUGUCUUUCCCAUUGUAUCACUGUAUCAUUCUAACAGUAAAUGGUCCCAUGUCCCUCCAUUGUAUCUACCAUCUACUUUAACCACUGAUUAGUUGUGCAAGCAAUGAAAAGUCAUAUUCUCGGUUUAGAUGACUUAUAAACCUGGAUCACAGCAAUAAGAUAUCCUGUUAAACAGUUAUCGAGCUUCCCAUCAUGAGUGUGAAAACACGUCAAUAUGGUCUGAUAUCAAGCUGACUGAUGGGAACACUGACCGACUUCAUGUGCAUUUCAUACGACUGUGAUUAAUUGUCAUUUAUAUACGUACUACUACUGCUUUACAUUUUUUUUUUUUUUUUCAUUUGUAGCGACUUAAUCCAAUAUUUCACUUGCCUUAAGUGGUAUCCAAGCAACAGACUUCCAUUCCAGCAAAGGUGUGAAGUUUGUUUACAACACUUUUAUCUGGAUUUUAUACAUUUUUUUAAACUAGGAUAUGAUCUUAUUUUAUACUUCAUGUGUUCACCAGUAAACCACUUGAUAUUUAAGACGCAUUGUUCGGGAUAUGUUGCCACAACAUUUUUAUUUGUACAGUGGGUGUUUUCCAUUUUUGGUUUAAUAUGCUAUAGAACUCUUUUGUACAAAAAUAUUUACAGGAUCACAAUAAAGUGUCACCAGGAUUGAGGCAA